UGAGUCUGGUUGAAAGAAUGUAGACAUUGACAAUAGCUAUGGGAAUUGGAAAUCAUGAUGGGGAACCAGACUACUGAAAGAUUGAGGAGUUUACGUACUGUGCAUGUACAUUCCUCCAUGAUAUACCCGAAUGCUUAAGCGGUCAGCCACAAUUCAUAACACCUCUUGACAAGUUUGCACCCUUCAGUGGUACCUUUUAUGUGGAAAUAAUAGCUUAAUCGCUGAAAUCACCGGUUUGUGACGGAAAAAAAUAAAGUCCGUUGGGUUUUUAGCAGUUUAGGGAAGCAAGAUCUGGCGACGCCACUGCACAUGAGUUAGCAGGCUACUGCACAGGUUUAACAGAGACUUAUUAGUGGAGUGAUGAAGACUGUGGCCAGUAUAUGCAUGGUGCUGAAGGUGAUGGCUAUCAUGCCUACAUGGAUGCAAACUGGGGUCGUUAGUGUACCAGUGGCAAAAUUGGCGUGCGAAGUAAACAGCAUAGAUACCAAUUUUUGGUAUGAAUGCUCAAGGCAAAUGGAAGAACCCUGUGUUCUAGGCAGGCACCUUAAAAUCCCUGAGGCCAACUGUUCAGCUGGGACUGUGGAUAAGAAUCAAUUGUGUGUCUCAUGUCCAGAGGGAACAUAUUUGGAUUUUAGGAAUCACUGUGACGAGUGUUUGAAGUGGACAGAAUGUGGGCCCGGAAUGAUGGAAAACCCAGCCCUUCUACCUAACAUUUUGAGGGAUAGAGAUUGCAUUCCAAUAACGGCAUUCACAGGCACUCAGUCCCUGAGUGCUCAGCCAGAAAUAUCUGAUAACAUUUCAACAUCAACUGCAGAUGCAUCCAACGAAAUGAAUAUGUCCCACCCCAUGGGAAAUUCUUCGUUGCCUGCUCCACAGCCAAUGGAUGAUGAUGAUAUCGGUUACAAGGCGGCCAUCGGGGGCUUAGCUGGCUUAGUUCUUGUCCUCAUUGUAAUUCUGGUUGUCAUAGCAGUCAAAUGCCACCUUGGGAGGAAAUCAGUGGAAUGGAAACGGGACUGUGACCAGCAACAAGAACAGCCCCAGGAACCACAGAUUCAUCGGAAUGCAAGAGGGGCAUCUGCUGACAACAGAGAUGAUGCUGAUGGAAAUCAAGAAGAAGAAGCACGUCAUCUUCUUGCUGAAGAUCCCCCUCCCUCAUCAUCUUCAAGGGGCGAUGGACAGGCCCACAGUGCUGAGGCUAGCCGUGCAACAGUGAUGGUACACCCUCCCCCGGCCAGUGUCAACAGUCCUCCAACCAGUGGCCCAGUAAAUUGUGGGAGCCCAGAUGCAGCUUCAAAUGACAUUUUGGCCGACUCUUACCUCUCCUGGCUUGCUAAACAAAUUACGCCAAAAGAGAAAGUUGCCUUGAGCACUCAGCUGGGAUUCAACGAUGCCCAGCUGAAAUGUGUUGAGACAGAGUAUCAAGGUGACACCCGUCGACAGAAUUACGAGAUGCUGCUCAACUGGCGUAAGCGAGCAGAAGGGGACGGUCUGUCCAAAGUCAGGCAGCUCGGUCAAGCUCUAGCCAAUGAACAAGUCGGACGCACUGACCUUAGGGACGAGUUAUUCAGUCGUUAUGGGUUACAAGCCACAUCAUCCCAGAGACGGGUUUCACAGGACCAUAGCAGUAAACCUGAUGAGGAGAAUGAAGAAAGAGAAGAACGAUGCAGUUUCCUUGCCGACAAUUCCAGUACUUCAUCCUCAAGGGAGGAUGGACCAGCCAAUAGUGAAGGGCAUAACCGUACAAGUGGUGAUGUAAUUGCUCCCCUUGUGAGUGUCAUCGUUCAUACAAAUGGGCAAGUCAUUGAAAUGAAGCAAGGGAAAAGGCUGCAACAUGCUCAGGGACCAAACAAGCCACAGGGAAGGAAUGACGUUCGGUCACAAACGGAUGAGACGGAGAUGUAAACCAUUUGAAAUGUUGCCCAUAAAAGCUGCCAGAAAGGGCCAUCAAAUGUGUGUGCAUACAUACAGCGCACAAGCCUUGAGCAGGGGGGCGCAUGGCUUUCCCAUGCCUCCCUUCUCAGUUACACCACUAUAUGUGUGCAUGCUUCAUUCGUACAGUGUCCCUUCAUUUGUACAGUUUACCUAAAUUUAAUGAUGUCAACCUCUGGCAAGCCUGAAAUACAAUUUGCUGAACUACACAAGUGUUAAAGUUCUGGUUCAAAUUCUGAUUUUUGUUGGCAGAUACCUGUACAUAUUAGCAAAUUGGCCACUAGAUAAUUAGCUUUUACUAAUUAGCUUUUACAUCUGAAUACUUGUAUCAUGGAAGUGCUGCAUACACAAGCUACAUUUUUAUGUACUUGGUUUAGUAUUUUAACAAUAUUUCUUGCAAUGUGAAGUUGUUCCAUUCCAAUUUAUUUUUCUGUCCAGUUUUUAUUAAAGUGCUUUCCCCUUAUGGGAUUUCUUAAAAUGUGAGAGCGUCGUCAGUGUUAACUUUCAACAAAACGUGUAUGCUGUGGUAUCAGAACCUCUGUAACGCUACCGUCAUGGCACAGCAGCUGGAAAUCUGUCUGCCAAUGAAGGAGGAUUUGUCUGUUCAGACACUGGGCUUAAUUAAAUGGAAUGAACCAAUAGUAACAUGUAAGAUCUCACGAAAACUCUAUUUAUUCAACUAUCUCAAGUGGUACAGUAGUAUCCCUAAGUUACAAAUUUCCCUUGUUUGUAUUAUUAAAUUCCAGUGUACCAGUGUCUACAAAAUUAAUUUUCCCAAAUAUAAUUUGGGAAUAUAACUAAUUUCUACAUGUACAAGUGUACUGUAAUUUCUGCAAAAAUCAGGAGGGGGAUCCCUCCACUGCAUUCCUAUUAUGGUAGCCAUUAUCUCUUGACAGUGAUGAGUAGAACAGAGUCUAUCAUCACGUCAAAAGUUUUUCAAAAGACCGGCAAAAGGCAGCUUAUGUCAAGCAACAGAUUGACCCAUAAGAAGAAACCGACAGUGACUAGGGCACAAACAAGCUGCACACCAAGUGAUGAGAUCCAAAGCCCCCUGAAAUUUGGCAGGCCUGGCAUUACACGUACAUGUAUGCAGCUCAAAAACUUGCAUGAAGUAUUGUAAUAACAAAUGACUUAAUCAUUUCAUUUGGAACAUUUUGUUCCCCAUUUUUGUUGUAACAAGUUGUACAAAUUGCCCUCCAUACAUGUGACCUGAUUCUAAAUUUUGGAGAAUACAUUAUUUUCCCUCCAUCACAUGGAGCAGUCAAACUUAGCUCGGUGAAAUUGAGUCCAUGUACGCAAUAUGCUUAGGUCACUGUGAUUAGAGGAUUCUUUUUCCUUACUCUGCUAGAGCCAGAGAGUAACCGUCAGUAGUCUUUUAUUUAUACAGACUGUUCUGGCCCUCCAUGAUCAUUAGCCUCAUGCCACUGGUGUUACUUGCAUCUGGUUAUAUAAAAACCAGGCUGCAAGAAAUUCAGCAGGGAUUCUUGUGACUGGAACACACAGGAGAAUCUCCAGAGCCGUGGGAUGUUCCAUGUAAUCUUUUGGUUCUGUAUGUAAGUCUCUCUAUUUGUUUCUUGAUUAAAAACUUGGGUCGAUCCAUGCCGGCCAUUCCUUUUCUACUUGAUUUGACUGUUACCUUGCAUGAGGUUUGGGCAUUUCUCGUUACAGGUCUAUUUGUUGGGGAGGGUGACGCCCGCAUUGAGGCUGAAUUUCUGGCAAUUGAAAAACUUACACUGCACGUAUUUUGAAUUUGCUAAUGUUCAGAAGCAUAUCACACUCAUGCAACCCUGUUGAAUGCUACUUGAUGACAGGAAACAAUUGGCUCAGUAAUUUUAUUCAAUUAUUUAUUAUCUGUACUUGUUUGUAAAUAUUAAAAUAAUUUGUUCUUUGA